ACAGUUUUUCUUAUGUAUUUUUUAAUAAAUGAAUUUUGUCUCUCCUGAAACUCCAAAUAGCAUAGUCGCAGCUGCAUCUUCUUCCUCCAACAAAAGCAGCAUGUUGUAGUUGUAUCACCACCUCUAGCCGCCGGCGCCUCUGCUAACCACCUCUCCUUCUCUGCUGCUGAUAUUCUCGCAGAUGGCCAGAUGGGAUGAGAUUUUAAAUCUUCCUGUGCAGAGUCCUCCUACUUUGGAGUUCAGUGCUUCGGAUAUAGUUUGGUCGAAGGUAGAAGGAUGGCGAGAUAAAAUAGACCGGGUUGCACUAAUUCCGUUUGCCAGGGUAGAUGAUUUUAUUAGGGGUGAGUCCUCGAACACAGACUGUCCUACUCGAUUUCAUGUUGAGGCUAGGAGGCACCGUAGUGCAAAGGCAUCAUACAAAGUCAAGGUUGAUGGUGUGCUUGAGUAUAUCUUGUAUUGGUGUUCCUUUGGACCAGAUGACCAUAGGAAAGGUGGGGUUGUACGACCAAGUAGAAACACUUAUGUUCCGAAGAAGAAAUCUGCCGGACGUCCUGGUACAAAAAGGGGUUGCACCUGUCACUUCAUUGUGAAACGCCUCAUAGCUCGGCCUUCUGUUGCACUUAUCACAUAUAGUCAGGAUAAGCAUGUUGACAAGAAUGGAUUACCCUGUCAUGGUCCACAAGACAAGAAGGCAGUUGGAACUCAUGCUAUGUAUGCUCCAUACAUCUCCGAGGAUCUUCUUCUGCGUGUUCAUUCUCUGUUACAUGCUGGUGUACCUGUGGAAACCAUUAUGCAAAGACAUAAUGAAUUAGUAGAAAAACAAGGAGGUCCUUUCAACCGCGAUGACCUUCUAACACAUAGAUAUGUGAGAAGACAAGAAAAAAGAAUACGGCGAUCCAAGUAUGAGCUAGAUGCUGAUGAUGCUGUCAGCCUGAGCCUAUGGGUGGAAAAUCAUCCAACAAGUGUUUUCUUUUAUCAGGACUUUUCUGAGUCUGAUCCAUUCACGGUUGGAAUUCAAACUGAGUGGCAGUUGCAGCAAAUGAUUCAAUUUGGUAACCGUGGUCUUCUAGUUUCUGAUUCAAAAUUUGGAACAAACAAAUUUAAGUAUCCAGUCCACAGCCUUCUUGUGUUCAGUUCAGAGAACAAGGCUGUUCCAGUAGCUUGGGUGAUUACCCCAAGGUUUUCAAGCAGGAAUGCAUUCAAGUGGAUGAGGGCUCUUCACAACAGGGUGUUAGCAAAAGAUCCUUCAUGGAAGCUAGCUGGAUUUAUUGUAGAUGAUCCUUUAACCGAUGUUAGUGAAAUUAGGGAUGUAUUUGAGUGCUCUGUCCUGAUAUCUACGUGGCGUGUCCGUCAUGCAUGGCAUAAAGCCCUAAUGAAGAGCUGUUCUCAAAAUGAAAUGCGGAUUCAAAUGUCAAAACGGCUUGGGCAGAUUGUUUCAGAGAUCUGCACUGGACAAGGAAAUGUGACUUUGUUUGAUGAUUUCAUGGAAGAAUUUGUGAGUAAUUCGGAGUUUGUGGAAUACUUCAAAGCUGUGUGGUACCCCAGAAUUGGGGGUUGGGCCACUAGUUUACAAACCCUUCCUCUUGCCAGCCAGGAGAUGAGCUCGGCGAUUGAAUUUUACCAUCGUCAGAUGAAUGUUAGAUUAUUAAAUGAGAAAGAUCCCAGUGCAUAUCAACGUGCAGAUUGGUUGGUAGAUAAGCUGGCUACAAAAGUGCACUCUUACUUUUGGCUUGACGAGUAUCCAGCGAAGCAUGAUUUUGCCAGAUACUGCAGAGAUGAGUGGAUGGAUGAGUUAACAUCUUGGCGCAAUUCAUUAAAGAUUCCCGACUCUGAUGUUAUAUUGGAAGGUCAAUGUGCCAGAGUUAAAGACCAACAAGAUCAAGAAAAGAAUUAUCUGGUAUCAAAUCCUGGUUCUGAAUUUUCAGUCUGUGAUUGCACUGUAUCAAAAAGUGGCUAUUUGUGUGAGCAUGUUUGUAAGGUUAGCAGGGUAUGUCGUAAAAAAGAGCCUUCUAAACCUUCUCUCUGUUUAUAUCAGUACAAGCAAGCAUUGAUCAAAAUGCUGUGUUGCACGCCUCAUGAUUCUUUGAUUCGUGAUCAUGCUGUUUCUCUCACAGCUUUUCUACAGACACAGAUAAAGGCUUCACCAGAUCUUGACAGCAGCGACAGAAUGAUCAAUGAGAUUGAGAAACAAGCAGGAUUUACAGUAUGUUCGGAUAACAAUAUUAAUUUGGCCUUGGAACAACUGGGUGAGAGUGGUAACUUAGGCAGUGGUAAUGGUAGGUUGCUAAACAAAGGGACUGGUGAAAGAGGGUCAUGUGAUGUAAGUGCAUUUCAUGAUGAAAUGGAGAUUGACCCCUCAUCUAUAUGUGUCUCACCUUCUGGUUUAUUUGCCACGCAUGGAGUUCUACCCGCUGAUAUUCUGUCAGUAAACGGGGACAAAACUCUUCUGACAGAUUCCCAUCUUAUGAUUGAGAAUGACGCUUCUGAAGAUCGUGACAUCUCAAAUCAGGUUUUUCCUCAAGAUAUGAUGGAAGGACCUUUAUCUACAGAGUCUCCAGAACUGUGUUCGGUUAUCAAUCAUGAUUACGAUGAUUACAGGGACAAAGUUACUGAAUCAUUGGAUUCUAUUGAUGACAAUACUGUUCUUAAGUUCUAUAAGAGGCCAAAAACCUCACUAAAGAAACGGAAACUCACAAAUAAAGAGGAUACAAGGAAAGAUUCAAAGAGAGAUGAUAACUGAACAUGGUCAUUGACUUGUUUGAUGGUCAAAAGCCAGAACUUUUUUGAAAGUGUUGGUCUCAUGUUGAGGUUUUUGUUAUAACUGUUUCUGAGCAGGGAAGAUCUCUAGUCUACGAUGUCAGAUUGUCAGGUCUCAGAUGUGGUUGCCGUCCUCGAGAAUCAACUAGUUGACGAUUCUUUUGUUCCAUAUUACGGUCAAUAGGUGCUGUUAUGAGAAGUUCUGAAGACUCGGCAAGUCCCUGACAGGAUGUUGACGAGGGAAUUUUUGUAGCUAUGGAGGAGCAACCAAGCGAGUAGUGGGUAAACUGGGAAUCAUCUUGUAUAAUCUGGAAGUUUAGAUCUGUGGUAAAAGUAGAAUAGAAAUAUUUUCCGGUUGGAAGUUUUGUAGUUUACUUUGUGAAUAGUUUAAUUUGAACAGUAAAACUUAGCCUACAUGUCAACAUUAAAAUCUUGUUAUGAAUUCCAUCCAUACACUGUCCUAGGAGUGUAAGGUUCCGAUA